GAAAUCCAGUUCUGUUUGUUCUGCGGACACAGAAUUUCUUCAUAGUUUAAAUGAGAGUUUUAACUGUCAUCCCCACUACGAGGGGUGUGAGCCCCCUGAGCCCCCUUGUUCUGCUAGUGCUGUGAGCCCCACCUCCCCUCAUAAACAUGAUAAUCCUGUACCUGCUAACUCAUUCAGAGUAAAACACUUCGCUGGAUCAGUAACCUACUCUGUCUCCGGAUUCCUGGCUAAGAACACGGAUUCUCUGGAUAUAUCCAUCUCCAGGUGCCUCUUCACCUUCAACCAUCCACUCAUCAAGAUACUCUUCCCAGAAGGAAAUAGUAAACGAGGUUCAAGACGACCUCCAGCCACUGUUGGAACUCAGUUCAAAAUAUCAUUAGGUGCUCUGCUGAACAAUCUUGGAAGUAAAAACCCGCAUUUUGUUCGCUGUAUUAAACCAAACGAAUCUAAAACACCUCGAGUAUUCGAUCCUUCCCUUGUUCAACAUCAAGUUAGAUAUCUUGGGAUUCUUGAGUUUACUCGAUUGCGGUCAGCUGGGUUUGUAGUUCGUGAAACCUACACCAGGUUCCUGGAUCGGUAUAAGAUGCUUUCUACACACACCUGGCCUUCAUGGCAGGGAGCUCCUGUUGAGGGAGUGACCUGCCUGCUCCGUGAGCUACCUGUAAGCGGAAGUGAGUAUGUGCUGGGUAGAACGAGGAUCUGUAUCCGGAGUAUCAAGUGUGUAGAUGAACUAGAGAACUGGAGAAAGGAGAGGGUGGAUGAGUUGGUCACACUCAUCCAGAAGGUCUGGCGGGGGUUCAUAGCAAGGCGGAACUGGAAAAGAUUACGGGAAAGUCAGAUUGUGAUAUCGUCGUAUUGGAAGAGGUGGAAGGAUAAGAGUCACGUGACCGAGCUCAAACAGCGUAGACAGCAGGAGUGGGCGGUGGAGAUCAUACAGAAGCACUACAGAGUCUGGCAGAGGAAGAGAUGGUUGGUGUACCUGGCCCACUCUCUCCCCUCGGAGUCCCCUAUCUCUAGGGAGUGGCCGAGAGCUCCUCAUUCUCUUCGAGAAACUAGCUUUCUACUUCGCAAACUAUAUCAUAGAUGGAGGUGCGAGAGGUUUCGUGAAAGAUUUGAUCAAACUUCGAGGAACAGAAUGCGGGAAAAAGUGACGGCUAGUCUCAUUUUUAAAGAGAAAAAAUCAUCUUAUCCAAGGAGCGUGAGUGUCCGGUUUAUGGGAGACUAUGUUGGACUACGACGUAACCCACAAUGGAAAGAUGUUUUAACAAAAAACUCUUUACAUAAAAUGGACAGAUAUGUCGUCUUUGCAGAUAUAGUAAAUAAGAUCAACAGAUCUAACGGCAAGUUUGUUCCGAUCUUGUUUGUGAUUUCCACAAGUUCAAUGCUGAUCCUAGAUCAGAGAACUAUGCAGAUCAAAUACAGGGUGCCGGCAGGUGAAAUAUUCAAGCUAAGCUUGAGUCCAUUCUUCGAUGAUAUUGCAGUCUUCCAUGUUAGAGCAAGUUCUCCGACCCGUGAGCUGCGCAGUCAGGCCAAUAUCCCCUCCUGUCUAUCCUCCGAGGCUGUGAAGAGGAAAGGGGACUUCGUGUUCCAGACCGGUCACGUGAUAGAGAUAGUUACCAAGCUCUUCCUAGUUGUGCAGAACUGUACAGGCAAACCUCCAGCUGUUAACAUUAGUACAGAAUUCGAGGCUAACUUCGGUACACAUAAUGUAACCUUUCAGUUUAAGGUG